AUGAAGCCCGUUACCGCCAUCAUCAUCGCUGCCUUGGCGCAGUCGGCCAGUGUGUUUGGCGCCGCCGACUGCGUUUGGCAUCGGUGUUGGAAAAUGCACAAGUCGUCCCGGGGAAUCGGUUGGUCCGGAAGCGAAGCCUGCGAGGACAAGUGCCCAAGCGAGAGAUUCCGGGAGCGCAAGUUUUAUUAUAAAGACAGCUGGGGUUGCCGGCUGGAUGAACACUCCGCGACUCACCAAGCCACCGCUCUAAGCUAUUUCGAGUGCUGUGCGCGGCUGGGCGACGAGUAUCGGUACGACACCUACGCCUGCUAG